GUGCCAUGUGGCGCAACAGCGACCCAGCGAAAUCCACUAACACCUCGUAAAGCUUCAAGGGCCGCGCCGUCAUCGUUCUCUGACCAGUUUUCACCUCGUAUCUAAUUUUGGGGGCGAAUUCGAAAUCUCGCUGAUGGGAUGGAGUCAGAAGGGCAAAGAGUGGCCUCAAAUCCCUCGGCCAUGCUCGCGGCCCUGGUGAGCAAGAGAGAGAAGCUCCAGGAGGAGCUCCGAAGCAUCGAGAGGCAAGUCUAUGACUUAGAGACUACUUACUUACAAGAUUCGAACCAGUGUGGUAGUGUAUUGAAAGGCUUUGAAGGUUUUUUAUCAUCAUCUAAGAGCAAUACCAACCUAAAGCGCUCCAGGAAGUUUCAGCCUGAAGAAAGGCUAUUCUCUUUGUCAUCUGUUACCUCACCAGCAGUUGAAGAGCAUGUAGCUGGAAGGGAUGAUGGAAGGUCUGAAUAUGGUCCCGGACGGUCAAAGGGUGCAAGCGCUCAUGCAAAUGGACAGGGAAAACCGAAGAAGGGCGGAAGAAUAGUAUUGAGAGAGGGAAAGAGAAUCCGACCAAGUGAACUAGAAUUAGAUGAUGAAGAUGAUCUUGACAUACCCAUGAGAUAAUAUAUCGACUUCAAUUUAUGGCACUGUCGGUUCAGCCUUUGCUGUAGAUUUUAUUUAUCUCAUGUUGGUCAAUUCAGCUUAUCCAAUGUAAAGACUAUAUUUUUGAAUUCUAAUAUUUGAUGGUGAACUAUGGACCAUCAGUUUUAUUUGUUGUAUAAAUUACUGAAGUGUGAAGAUAUAUCGACGGUUUUGUUUUCUUUUGUUAUAUCUUGCUACUGUAAAAUGAAAAACGCUGCUUUUAUUGUC